UGUCAGUAAGAGGAAAUGAGACAGAAAGUUGUAUCAUGCAGCUCACUAAACCUAGUUACAGCUUUUUGCCUGUUAGUAAGAACGCAGCGUAUUGGCUAUUAUCUUCUGUAUACAGUUUCUGCUAGUGAUUCAUGAACAGGACGUAACAGAAACUACUGGUAUUUGUCUCUUCAGGUGUGUUCAGCUUGUACGACCAUAUCCGGAACACGGAACCCGCGCACCUGUAAACUGACGUCAUACGUUGGAAGUACCUGCAGCAACUCGUCCAGUUGAUCUCAGUCAGUUACUGAAACUACAGUCAGGACUAAAGACAAAGGAGCCAAGACGACAGUUUGUAAAGGAAUAUAUUUAAAAUUAAUUGACUUUCAUUUCGAGGCAUAUUGAAAAAGGAUUUCUAGACAGAUGGCGGCCACUCCGUUCGCAGUUACGGGCAUUUUAAUCGUCGUUUUUCAGGCCUCAGCUUUAAUUACUGCUGAGGAGCCAACAUGUGUACCUGGAUUUGAGUCAGACAUGUUGAUUUUCAAAGUGACCAGAAAGCACCUGAGGCAGGGCACAAGACUGGGCAAAGUGGGCUUCACUGACUGCACGGACCACACAAAACUUCUUUUCAACAGUGAUGACAGCCGUUUCAUGGUACAGACAGAUGGCAUAUUGACCUUAAAGAGAAACGUAGUUCUUCACGGAGGACACCAGGACUUCGUCAUCCAGUCCUGGGACUCAGAGGGUCACAAAAUGAAUGUUCCAGUCAGGGUAUUGCACCAUGGACAUCACCAAGAACAUCACCAUGGCGAUCACAGACACCUCAACCAUCACAACCACCUUAAUGCAGUGGAUUUUGCUAAUAACACAGAGAGUGCAAUCAAUCCACAGGUACCUGUUCUGCAUUUCCCCAAGUCUGUUGAUGGGCUGAGGAGGAGGAAGAGAGACUGGGUUAUACCUGACCUCAGUGUUACUGAGAAUGACAGAGGACCCUAUCCCCUUAAAGUAUCUCAAAUCCGUUCUAAUGAAGAUAAAGUAAAGAAGAUCUAUUACAGCAUCACUGGUCCAGGCGCUGAUCAGCCUCCUGCUGGCCUUUUCACCAUGGACAGAGACACUGGUAACCUGUAUGUCACACAGCCACUGGACAGAGAGAAGGUGGCUAAGUACACGUUUCAAGCGCAUGCUGUGGCAGAUGGUUCAGGAAAUGCUGAGGUCCCUAUGGAUAUUAUAGUGCAUGUAAUAGACCAGAAUGACAACAAACCUAUUUUCAUUCAAGACACCUUCCUGGGAGAAGUUCCUGAGGCCUCACCAGAAGGUUUUGAGGUGAUUACAGUUGAGGCCAAAGAUAUUGACCAGCCAAAUAAUGACAACUCAGAUAUCCGCUACCAUAUUGUGAGCCAGGAUCCACAGUUGCCCAGUAAUGCCCUGUUUAAAAUCAACCCAGUCACUGGAGGCAUCAGAGUCGGUGCCAGUGUGCUAGACAGAGAGAAAUACCCAAAGUACACUCUGGUGGUACAGGCAGCAGACAUGGUGGGAAUAGGGUUGACUGGAGAUGCCAAAGUAAUCCUCACUGUAACAGAUAGCAAUGACAAUGCUCCGGCCUUCACUCAGCCCUCUUAUGAGGCUACGGUAGCAGAAAAUAAAGUGGACGCUCUGGUCAUUAAGAUGUCAGUAACAGAUGGUGAUGACCCACAUUCCUCAGCCUGGAAUGCCAAGUUCAAGAUUGUUGAUGGUGAUCCUGAAGAACUGUUCACCGUGACAACAGGAAGUAACAAACAAGAUGGAAUCAUUACUACUGCCAAGGCUCUCGACUUUGAGAAGAGCAACAAGCACACUCUGUUGGUUGCAGUGGAGAAUGAGGUUCCUUUUGCUAUUCUGCUGCCCACUGCCACUGCCACAGUGGUGGUGAAUGUGCUGGAUGUCAAUGAAGCUCCAGUCUUUCAUCCAAUAGAGAGGGUUGUGUCAAAACGGGAGGACCUUGCUGUCGACAGUGAUGUGGUGCAGUACACUGCUUCUGAUCCAGACACUGCACGCAAACAGAAAGUCAUGUAUAAAAUAAUUAGUGACCCUUCAGGCUGGCUGAACGUGGCCAAGGAGACAGGCCUGAUCAAGGUGAAAAGCAACAUGGAUAGAGAGUCCCAUUUUGUCAAGGACAACAAAUACACAGCACUCAUUGGUGCAUACGACAAUGAUGAAGUCCCAGCCACAGGAACUGGUACUCUGAUCAUUCAACUUGAAGAUGUCAAUGACAAUGCUCCCAUCGUUGAGGAACGUGAAAUCACGGUGUGCAAAAAGGAAUCAGAACCUCAGCUGCUUUCAGUAACAGAUAAAGAUGGACCAGGCUUUGCUGCUCCAUACAGUGUCUCUUUACAGGGCAUGUCGAAGACCAACUGGACAGCUAGGAUGAAUGACUCAAAAACAGGAAUCAUCCUAAAUUUAGUCACUGAGCUGGCCAGUGGAGAGUACACUGUGGUUCUGAGGGUUUCAGAUAACCAGGGUCUGGAGCAGGACAACACCAUCCAGGCCAAAGUGUGUGACUGCACUGGGAAAUUUGUGUCCUGCAAUAACAAGAUUGUAGCUGGCAAUGACCUGACCGUAAUCCUGGGAAUACUGGGAGGCAUCCUGUUGCUGCUCAUGCUGGUGCUGCUGCUGCUAUUGUUCAUAAGACAGAGAAGAGGAGAAAAGAAGGAGCCUCUACUGCAGGACGAAGAUAUUCGAGACAACAUCUAUUACUAUGACGAAGAGGGAGGCGGAGAGGACGAUCAGGAUUAUGAUCUCAGUGUUCUCCACCGUGGCCUGGACAACCGGCCUGAGAUAUUCAGGAAUGACGUGGUGCCAAACUUCAUGCCGGCUCCUCAGUACCGGCCACGCCCCGCCAACCCAGAGGAAAUCGGCAACUUCAUUGAUGAUAACCUGAAGGCAGCCGACAACGACCCGACAGCGCCCCCCUACGACUCCCUUCUGGUGUUUGACUAUGAGGGUAGCGGCUCUGACGCAGGAAGCCUCUCCUCCCUGAACUCAUCGAGCAGCGGAGACCAGGACUACGACUGCCUCAAUGAAUGGGGACCCCGCUUCAAGAAACUGGCCGACAUGUAUGGAGGAGGAAAGGAUGAUGUAUUAUAAAUGUAUCAAAAAACAAACAAUACGUAUAGGUGGAUGCACCAUAUGGCUGUGAGAAUAUUAGAUUGAUGUAAGCAUGAACUGAUAAAUGAAUGCAUCCCAAGGAAAAGGCUCUCAGCCAGACAACAGUAGGCUCUCAAAUGUUUAUUUUUUUCCUAUGUGUGGGGAUUGUGGUUUACCUUUCAGUGCAGUCCUAUUAGCAAUUAACCACCCCUGCUCAAAAGCCAGUGGAUGUUUUUUUUUUUGUGUGUGUAUGUGUGUGUGUACAGGAGUUCCCUAUUUUCAAUGGUUAAGCUCUGUCUGUCUUUUAGAUCCCUGUUUGACUUCUAGGCUAAAGACUAAAUAUAUUGUGUUUAUUUUCUGUUCACUUAGUUCAGGAGCCACAUCUUUAGUCUCAGUGUUGGUUUUAUAUAUUUUGAUAUUUUAGCUUCCCUCUUAGCUUACUGGGUGACACUGGACACAUACAAUUGCAUUGGUAACAUUUGUGUAAUUUUGACAAUGUAUGGUACUUUACUUUUUUUUUCUUUUUACAUGGUUUUUUUUUUUUUUUUUUU